AUGCCUAGAUUUUCGGUUGCCUUUGCUAGGCGGAAAAGCAACGCAGACGAACUCGAAAAUGCUGAGGUGACGCCCCCAGGACAAGGUACAUUCAGGGUCUUGGAACGCCACGACUACUCUGGCGUCAAAUCGUUCGACGGUGGCGUUAAGAUGGCCAGAGCCAAUGGAGCUAUGCUUGCCAAGCCUGAUUUCCAGGCCGACGACAACAUGUUUUCUGAUAUGAAGGCGAACCGUGGAAGCGGCUUGUCCAAUACCACGCAUACCACGUCCACUGAUACCUCUUCGCGCCAUAGCAAUGCCUCGACGGCACCCUCCUCGGCGGACUUUAGCGGAGGCAAUCUGUUCCACGACGACAAUCGAAAUGGGCCACCCAAGAGUUCAUCAUCGGAUAUACACGGCCGCGGAAACAAAUCCAUCGGAUCCAAGUUCUUGGAUCGAGCUGGCCGGACCUUUUCGUUUGGUGGACAGAAAAAGUACAGCAUUCCUCCGCCGCUGGAAGACCCCCCAAUGCCGGAUUUACCGCCGCCCAUGCCCAUCAUGGCUGAACCAGGACGCACUGGAUCUAGAGGUACGACUACAUACACGCAGGCCCCAAUCAUUCCCCGCAAACCAGCUCCCCGCGAUACCAGUGUUAUAGACAUGGGUGGUGACUUUGGAUCAAUGUUUUCAGGAUCAGGUUUCGAUAAGAGGGCCAGCAUGGCUACGGUAAAAAACGACGACUUGGCUUCUCCCCGGUUCCUCACUGGCAACCCGCAAAUCCACCACCAGAUGCCACACAGCCCGGACACCGCGACGCCGGCCCAACCGCUGCUCGGCGCAUGGAACACGCCCAAAGACGAUGACAUGGGCGAUGACUAUCCAUCAGAUGAUGAAGACCCCCCGCCUGUUCCGAACCAUUCAUCUUCUCGAUACCAGUCUCCCGCUCGACAAGCGCCUGUUAGGAAAGUAUCACCACCUGAGCAACCCCCAGCUCGCCAGGCACCCACUCACCAGCCUCCGCCACCACCGGAGAGGCAGUCACCAACUCAGGAGUCUGCGCAGCCCGAAGAAGCACAAGACGAUGAGGAUGCAAAGCUUCUACAGGAAACUUACACUGCCAUCCAGCUCUUGUCGGCUGAAGAUGACGAAUUUGACGAAAACCCUCAGCAGGGGCGAUACCGGCGAGAGGAGGAUAAUUUUACCGUGGUUCCGCGAGCCAAGCCUGCACCCAAUUCUAACAACGGAGGAGACGGAGCACGCCCUCCUAUGCCCUCCUACACUCGAUAUAUCCCUCCUCCUGAUGGCGCGCCUCGAAACAAAGUCAUGACCCCUGCGGAAUUCGAAAAGUAUCGCGAAGAUAAAAUUCGUCAUGAUAGGACAAAUAGCACUACCAAGGAUGAUGACGAAGACGACAUCAACUACGACGACGAUGAAGACGAGGCUGAAAAGUCCAAGCAACAGGUGAAGCAGAGAAGAAAGCAAGAAGCCCACAUGGCUGUGUAUCGCCAGCAGAUGAUGAAGGUAACCGGUGAAACGAAUCCAACAAACGGGCUUGGCAUCCCAGCUUCAAUGAGCGCACCGCAGCUCAGCCAUGUUAAGCAUCCUUCCCUUGACCCGGCGGCAGCGUCUGCCAUGUCCGGCGCGUCUGGAGUGGAGGAAGACGCCGACGAUGACGAGGAGGUUCCUCUUGCCAUCUUGCAGGCGCAUGGAUUCCCCAACAAGAACCGACCUCCCACUAGGCUCAGCACCGUGGGAUCAAACCCCAACCUUCGAGCCUCAGCUAUGCUCAUGCCAGGGCGUCCGUCGUCAUCAAUGGGAGAAUCUGCUGCUGCCCGACGCCACUCAACCCUUCCAGCAUUUGCACGCAAUUUGCCUCAAGAUCCCUUUGUCGGAGCUAGCAUUGCCCAACCUGCCAUCAGAGAAUCUCUAUCAUUCAAUGAAAUGGGUAUGGGCCCCAAGCCCCCGUCACCGCUUCCUCCUGGAGGCCUUGUUGGUGUAAUUGCUAGCGAGGAACGCCAGCGAGCGAUGCGACGCGGCAGCCCAAGUGUCGACCCCUCAAGACUCAUGGGCAGCGGCUACAACACACCUGGAGGCACCGCAAUUGAUCCUAUUGCUGGCAUCCCCGCGCAUAUGAUGUAUGCCCAGCAGCAGAUGGGAGGUGGAAUGCCUGGCAUGAUGGCUCCUCAUAUGAUGACACCGCCGCCGAUGCUCACUGUUGGCGAUCAGGCCCAGCUCCAAAUGACGCAGCAAAUGUCGCAAUUUAUGCAGAUGCAGAUGCAGUUCAUGCAGAUGAUGGCUUCAAACAACCAAAACGGCGGGCCACAGCAGGCACCACCGCAGUUGCCGUCGCCGUAUCAGCAGCCCUAUGGCGGCCUGAUGGGCAAUCAUUCCAUGGUGGACAUUUCCUCUCAACACUCCAUGAUGGGCGAGCAGACUCUGGAGCCUCGUCGUGGUGACUACGGUAGCAUGCGAACAAUGAGUAUGGUGCAGCCAAACUCGGCACCCAUGGCUCCACCUAUGCCACACACUGGAUACGCCGGUUCCAUCCGGUCAUCUCAUCAGGGAUAUGCUCCUUCGAUUGCGCCGUCAGAGCGAAGCAACAUUGGCCUCCCCAAUCGUUAUAGACCUGUCUCCCAGGCCGUGAACCCGGCCGGUCUUGGUCAUAUGCAGUCUCAAUCGUUCUCAGGGGCUCUGUCCGCUUACGACAGCAAGAACAAGACCUCGAUGAGGAUUGUGAACAAGUCAGCUUCUGACGACGAGGACGAGGAGGAGGGCUGGGAGGCGAUGAAGAACAAGAGAGACAAGAAGAGGUCUCUGUGGAGAAGCAAGAAGAAUUUGAGCUCAGUGAUCUGA